AACUCAUCCCUCGUUAAUUGAACCUUUUCCGAAUCAUUAUUACUCAGUAAAAUAUUUAUGUCAUAAAAAGUUUAAAGUUUUGCAUUUUCUUGUUCUUUCCUUUCCCCCCAGAUGUCUUCCUUUGCAUGUAUAUAUAAACCUCUGUAAUCCCGGUUUUGGACCUCUUCAACACACCCUCUUGUUUUGUGUUUUUUCUCUCUAUCCAAACAGAGGAGAAAGAAAGUGAUUGAUCAACAAUGGUGAAGUUCUCGAAGGAGCUAGAAGCACAGCUGAUACCAGAAUGGAAAGACGCCUUCGUCAACUACUGGCAGCUGAAAAAGCACAUUAAGAAGAUCAAACUCUACAGAAAACAUCGACGGUCGCCCCACGACGGUGACUUCCGCCGCUCCAUUCUCGACUCCGUUUGCUUCGUUGCCCAGCGUUUCUCUGGCAAGUACCGCAGCGCAGAAAACAACACCGAAAUCAUUCAGGUGAGGAGGAAAAGCACGGUGGAAGGUGAUAAUGAAGUUUACCAGACUGAACUCGCUCAGUUGUUCUCUGAAGAAGAUGAGGUGAUAGUGUUUUUUGAGAGACUGGAUGAAGAGUUGAACGAGGUGAAUCGAUUUUACAAGGCCAAAGAGGUUGAGUUUAUCGAGAAAGGGGAGAUUCUUAACAAGCAGUUGCAGAUACUGGUGGAGCUGAAGCAGAUUCUCCUUGACCGGCGGCAGAAGAACCCGUGUGCGGUGGCUGUUUCGCGUUCGCGGUCAUCCUCUCAUAACUCUGACUUCUCAGCCAUUAAUGCAGAGAGUUCCACUGAACUGAAUGACAGUUCCCUCGAGAUCUCAUCACAAACAGAUGAGGUGAUUGCAACACUGGAGAAGAACGGUGUGAAUUUCAUCGAUGCUGCAACCAGGGCCAAGACAAAGAAAGGGAAGCCAAAGUUGGCUAUUAGGAUUGACAUCCCAGCUACCACGCCGAUGCGAACCAUCACAGCCAUCACGUCAAUGCUCUGGGAAGAUCUAGUGAACAAACCCAAGAAGGAAGGAGCAGGAGAGUUCAUUAACAGAAAGAAAAUUGAAUGUGCUGAAAAGAUGAUUAGAUGUGCCUUUGUUGAGCUCUAUAGAGGCCUUGGCCUUCUAAAAACAUACAGUUCACUCAAUAUGGUAGCUUUUGUGAAGAUACUUAAGAAGUUUGAUAAGGUCUCAAACCAGCAGGCAUCAUCAAGUUAUUUAAAAGCAGUAAAAAGAUCCCUCUUCAUUAGCUCUGAUAAGGUUGUUAGUCUCAUGGAUGAAGUGGAGUCUAUUUUCACAAAGCGCUUUGCCAAGGACGACAGGAAAAAGGCAAUGAAGUUUUUAAGACCACGACAGCAGAAAGACUCUCACAUGGUUACCUUUUUUGUUGGCUUGUUUACUGGUUGUUUUGUAUCACUGUUUAGUGUUUAUGUUAUGCUAGCCCACUUUUCAGGCGCAUUCUCCCCUAGCUCAGACACUGCUUACAUGGAAACUGUCUACCCUGUUUUCAGUGUGUUUGCAUUGUUAAGCUUGCACUUGUUCAUGUAUGGGUGCAAUUUGUUAAUGUGGAGGAGUACGAGAAUCAAUUAUAACUUCAUUUUUGAGUUUCAACCAAGCACAGCACUGAGAUACAGAGACGCAUUUCUAAUUUGUACAACUUUCAUGACUGCUGUGGUUGGAGCUAUGGUCAUCCACCUCCUCUUAAGGGCCGGUGGUUUUUCACCCAGCCAUGUUGACACUAUCCCUGGAAUGCUCCUUCUGAUUUUCAUUGCUUUGCUCCUAUGCCCUUUUGACAUCUUGUAUCGUCCAACUCGCUAUUGCUUCCUCCAUGUCAUGCGCAAGAUAGUGUGGUCUCCAUUUUAUAAGGUUUUGUUGGUAGACUUUUUCAUGGCUGAUCAGCUUACUAGUCAGAUUCCAUUGUUAAGGUACUUGGAAUCCACAGCCUGUUAUUUUCUUGCUAGAAGUUUCAAAACACACCAUUAUGAAACAUGCAGAAAGGGAAAACUCUUCAGAGAGCUUGCUUAUGUGAUAUCGUUUUCACCAUAUUAUUGGCGUGCAAUGCAGUGUGCAAGAAGAUGGAUUGAUGAAUAUGACACUGCCCACUUAGCUAAUAUGGGGAAAUAUGUCUCAGCCAUGGUGGCAGCUGGCGCCAGGUUAACAUAUGCUAAUCAGCCAAGCAACCUCUGGUUUGGUAUAGCCUUGGUGACUUCUGUUGCGGCUAUAACAUAUCAGUUAUACUGGGAUUUUGUCAGGGACUGGGGACUUUUAAACCGGAGUUCCAAAAAUCCAUGGCUCAGAGAUGAUCUGAUUCUAAACAAGAAAAGAAUGUACUACCUGUCUAUUGCCUUGAAUAUUGUUCUCAGAAUUGCUACGGUGGAAACUAUGAUGAAGUUCCAUGUUAACCAGGUUGAGUCUAAUUUGCUAGACUUUUUCUUAGCUUCAUUGGAGGUUAUCCGAAGAGGUCAUUGGAAUUUUUACAGGUUGGAGAAUGAACAUCUAAACAAUGUUGGCAAGUUUAGGGCAGUAAAGGCUGUUCCUUUGCCAUUCCGGGAGACAGAUUCUGAUGGCUGGGAUAUAAUCUCAUAAUCUGUACAGAAGGAGAAUGUCGCUGACAAGCUUACAUAAGGGCGUGUGAGAUUUUCUGCUAUCAUCCCUAAAUUCAUCCAAUACGCCAAUAUUCUCUAAAAGCUUUGUGGAAGAAACCACUCAUGCUGCUGAACAGUCAUAGACCCCAAUUCAAAUAAUCAAGAAAGCGGCAUCAAGUGGCAGCACUGAUCCUCUUUGUUAAUAAGGCAUUCCAUAUUGGAUUCGCCAAUAUCCUUUUAAAUGAAUCUCAUGCUUCAUUUUGGAUUGUGAACUUCUACAUUAUCUUCCCAAGAUUGAAAAUUGAAGUGCAUAUUACUCAUUCUCUAAAGGAAGGAAAACUCAAGUGUUCAAUUGAAAUGAAGCAAUUGCAAUGUUUCUUGUCAAUUUAAGACAGAAGAGUAUCUUGUGUUCUGUUACAUCAAGUUGUCUGAAAAUGAAAUGAUCAACUUUUAUGUACCUUCAAUACCCAAAAACAUAGUGAAAUAUUUUAAACGAAACAUAUAAAGAAUAAGGUUGAAGGGCACUUCUUCACAAAAUAGUUAGAUUUCUAGUUUCCAUGCUCUUCCACGGGUUCUGCCGCUCUGCUGCCACAACAUCCAGGAACAUCAGGUGGGUAUUUGUGUUUGUAUAUGUUUAUGUAUAAAUCAUACCUAAAUUUGGGUAUUGCUCUUGCUGUAUACAUUUUUAUUGCAUUUCCUAGUUGAUGUUGAAAAUAGGGGAUUAGGGUUUAUACCCAGAAAGGGAAAUCGACCACCUGACUCAAGAUACAUUCCCUGAACAAAACGAGGUAAAAAAAUGUUAUCACUUGG